AUGUUUUGGUGGUUAAAACCAGUUGCUCCUUGUUGUGAUCCUUCUCUUAAGGAAUCACUAAAACUUCCAAUUACAUUUGGUAAUGAAGAGUUAUCAUCUUUAAAAUACAUUUUUGGAAGGAAAAGUGAUUGUUCUCUAAGAUUAAAAGAUCAGUCUAUUAGUGGCCACCAUUGUGUAGUUCAAGUUGGGGAUAGUGUGGAAUGUCUCGUAUUAACUGAUACAAGCACGAAUGGGACGUUCGUUAAUGGUAAAAGAAUAGCGAAGUCAUCACCAGUUACUGUGAAGAGUGGUGAUACAAUUUCAUUAACUAGGCCAAAAGUCAUUGAUGACAAUGUUGUAUUUCAUGCAGUUUUUAAAUUAGUUUACUCACAGAUUAGUCCUGAUGAAACUGAGAAGGAAUCAGUAAGUAAUAUUUGUGAGCAGCCAGCUGAAUCUCAGGAGUAUUCACAAAAUUCAAAUGAUAAUUAUUUAAGGGAAUCAAAAGAACAGCAUAUAAUAGGUAGUAUUGUACAGAAUAAUGUAAACUUAUCAGAUUCAGUGACUCAUGCUGAAGAUCAGUCAAAUUUUAUGUCUAGGGACAAUAUUUCUAAUUAUACUGGUGAAAUUGAGAAGUUGAGCGGAAGGUAUAGUAUAAAUGUGGAUAAUAUAGCACAGUUAUUUGAUAACCAAGUAUCUCAAGAUGUGUUUGCAUCUAAUUCUAGAGUAGUAACUGGCAAUAGUAACUCGAACUUUGUGAAUGGUGAUUAUGAAGAGAUGAAAAUAAGAGAUGAAUCAACAUCCUUAACACUAAAUUAUCACAGACAAUCAGUUGAAAAAUUAGUUGAAAAAAUCGAAACAUUGGAGGCAGUAAUUGAGAGUAAAGAAAAUACUGAAAGGAAUUUAAGAUAUGAACUAGCUUCAAGAUUAGAAGAAGUUAAUUGCUUGAACGAAACAAUUGGAAAGAGGGAAUACGAGGAACAACAAUUGAGACAAUAUAAUAAAAAUUUGAUGCAAAAGAUGCAUCAAAUACAACAGAGAUGUAUAGAUGUAGAACAUGAAUUGGAGGAGUUAAGUGAGAAACAUAGAGUAGUAUGUCUUACUGUAGAGACUAUGGAGCAAAAUUUUGCAAAGUUGAAUGAAGAAUUAUCAUUAACAAAACAAGAGUUGUCCGUAACGAGAGAAAAACUAAAUCAACAAAAUAUAGCUCUAAAAUCAAUGGCUAGUUUAACUCAAAAGAAGUGUCUCUCAAUUUUACAUUCAUUGAAAGAUUUGCAUCAGAUAACAAAUACAUUUGGUUUAGUUCCAUUAUCUUCAUCUAAUAGAGUAUUUGAUCAUACUUUUUUUAUUUCUACACCAUGGAGAAACUCAAAACGUCCUAUUGAAAAACAAUUUUAUUUGUCUGGUGCACAAACAGAACGACCUCACAAGAUGAAAGCCUCUCCAAUGACUUCUGUUAGAAGUAAUUGUGAUUUCUCAUAUUAUCAGACUUCAAAUAGUAGGGGAAAAGUAAAUCAAGAUUAUAGAGAUUCUUGUAGUUUUCCUAGAACGAAUAAAAGUGUACAAGAUUCAAAUAUCGAUAUAGUGAAUGGCAUAGGUUUUGAUGAAGUAGAAAAAAGUGUUAAUUUAAUAAGUUCUUCUGGAUCAAUUGAUAAAUUCAUAUCUAGUGUCAGCACCUUGGAAGAUCAAUUACUAAGCAAAUCAUCAUGGGGUUUUGAUUACAAUGACAAUAAUAAUGAGAAUUUACCGUUUGUGAAUAAUCAAACUUCUAACAAGACUAUUAGCUCAAAUGAAGAUUCCUUGACGGCUUCUAACUCUAAUAAAGAUAUAAAAUCAAUUAGUGAACUUGUACCCACAAACUUAGCGUAG